GCCGGCGGAGUGAGAGGUGAGAUUGGCGGCGGCUGGGAUCGGCUCAUGGGAGGUCACGGCGCCGACUCCUAAUGAUGAGGAAGAAAGCGGAGGUGUUGAUGGGAGGCUUGGAUCCCUGGCUCUGAACUGCGACUUGUGUGUAGCCUGGUGCUGCGGGAGCCUCUGCCUGAUGUGUGCUCUGCCAUGUGCUGUGGGCUCCAGGCCUCUCUGAAGCCAGGGAUGGCCUUGUUUUGAGAGGACCCAUCAAUGUGGGAGUGAGCCAUACAAACUGAGCUCGAGAAGAGUUGGGGAAGUAAUGGAGGACUUUACCACCCGGACCUAUGGGACCAGAGGGGUGGAUAACAGGCCUCUCUUUGGAGAGACUUCGCCACGGGACAGGAUUAUCAAUUUAGCUGUUGGCAGCAUAACAUCCUUGCUGCUUAUAGUCACUCUGAUCAGUGCUUUUGUCUUUCCACAACUACCUCCAAAACCGCUGAACAUAUUUUUUGCUUUCUGCAUCUCCUUGUGUAGCAUUUCAGCUGGCAUUCUUAUCUACUGGUAUCGACAAGGAGACCUGGAGCCUAAAUUCAGGAAUCUAAUUUACUAUAUCUUGUUUUCUAUUAUCAUGUUAUGUAUAUGUGCCAACCUCUACUUCCAUGAAGUGGGUAAAUGACUGUUACAGGGCACAGCACGGACUGCGUCAAGAUUGCCUGGAUGGAAGUGCUCUUGAGGUGGAUGAUUGACUCCAAAAGGAGAAGGCUUCGGUGGGGCAGCACUCCAGUGGAUACUUGAGUUUUCUUCUAGAUGUAUAUUUAAAGGCCCUUCCUAUUGCCAUAUGAAACUACAUCUGCUUCUUUCUUCUUCUUUUUUUUGAAAGAGAGAUACUAGUGCACUUAAUGAACUUUCCAGCUGCACACAUUUUGAGAACAGCACAAGCUUUUUCCUUUUGGGGGAAAAAACUGCGUCUUUUAUUACACUGUACAAAAAAAAGGCAGCACUCAAAAGUUUGUAACACAGUAUAAAUAAAAGUUCAGUCUACUGAUACAGAAGACAAACUGGGUCGUGCUUAUAUUAAACGGAACACGCAACCCCUUUAACUAUAACUUCAUUUACACUAACAAAGCCAUAGACAGAAGACAAACUUCUGAAGAAGCUAAUUACAGCAAUAAAUAUUUUUACAUCCUCUUCUUUGUAGUGUUUGGCGUUCAC